CAGUGUGUAAACUCUGGCUACACGACUCUUACCAGCGGAUUGCCAAAGUGGUGCAGCAACUUUCCGGCAUUAACCGCAUCCGCCGUCCCAGAACAUGUCGUUGACCAACACAAAGACGGGUUUUUCGGUGAAGGACAUUUUGGACCUCCCUGACACAAAUGACGAAGAAGGAUCUAUCACUGGCACAGAGGAGGAUACCGAGGGCUCAGAGCCGACUAAAACACCUGGAGUGCUGGUGCAAAGCCCGAUAGAGAAUGUCCAAAACCUGCCUUUAAAAAACCCAUUUUACGAUAACACUGACAAUCCAUACACCAGGUGGCUUGCAACUACCGACACCAUUCAAUACUCACUGCACGGUCUAUCUGCAACCUCUCAGGACUCGUCCGUCAAAUCUCCCGAGCCGUCGGCAGACGAAUCACCCGACAACGACAAGGAAACUUCGAGUAGUGGCAGCGACUCCGGUAAGAAGCGCAAGCGGCGGGUGCUGUUCUCCAAAGCGCAGACCUACGAGCUAGAACGGCGUUUCAGACAGCAGCGCUACCUCUCAGCCCCGGAGCGGGAACACCUGGCCAGCCUGAUCCGACUCACGCCUACUCAAGUGAAGAUCUGGUUUCAAAACCAUCGUUACAAGAUGAAGCGAGCCCGCGCGGAGAAAGGUAUGGAAGUGAGCCACCUUCCUUCCCCGCGGCGCGUGGCCGUACCCGUGUUAGUCAGGGACGGCAAACCGUGCCACGCGCUAAAAACUCAGGACCUGGCGGCCACGUUUCAGGCGGGCAUCCCGUUCUCUGCCUACAGCGCUCAGUCUCUGCAGCACAUGCAGUAUAAUGCGCAUUACAGCGCCGCCGCCACGCCGCACUUCCCCACGGCGCACUUGGUGCAAACGCAACAGUGGACCUGGUGAAGCCGUAGUGACUUUUCUUUUUGCUAGGGCUGCGUUCAAAGAACUCGCUAGUGAGUUUUUUUUAUUUUCCAACGAAAAUAAAGAAAAGACUGGUUUCCGCAGCUUCUCGCCGUUUCAUUUUUUUCGGGGCUGAUGUGUGCGCCGUGUUUACAUUUGUUUUCGUUCAGAAAACCGGGUUCAGCCCUUUCUCCCAGAUCCGAGAAUGUUGAAGCUCUUGUGAAAUUUUGUAAAAUAUCAUUGUGUGUUGUAGAAAUGUUUUCCUUUUUGUUUCUCGUGUUAUAAGCACGUACAAGACCACUUUAUAAUUAUAGAAAUUUUAUUUCUAGCUUUUACGAUGGACCGAAUAUAUUUAUGGCCAUGAAUAAAAGAUUGGCAACUUUUAGCUUAUUUUAUUUUGUUUCUUUUCUUUGUAAAUAUUUGUGGUAAGUGUAUGCAAUGCAGAUAUAUUGAGCGCUCACCUAGUUAUGAAGACAUAGAUAUAUUAACAGGAAGGUGGGAAAAAAGGAACAACAAUUAUCAAUAAAUAUCUCUAUAAAAUGUUGACAGCAGUUGCAAAGAGCGUUGAUGAAA